UGUGUAACGGUUCAAGAACUCUCAAGAUCUUCCGGUUUUAGUGACAAGUGUUUUUAGUUGCAGUUAAGCAAAAGUUAAUCGAGCGUAACAGUUCUGCUAAAUUCGGAGACUAAAUUGAUUAGUACCGGAAUUUUAUAGACAGUUUCUACGUAACGUAAGGAAUUUUUUACUAUUUUUUCAUAUUGUGGAAUUGUGGAAUUCCACACAGUUUUUUGUUGUGCUGCUAACGUGAAGAGACAAAAAUGACUAGUGCCUUAUUAGCCGGAGUGGGAGCUGGACUUUCCUAUGUUGCAUGUGUUCUCUGCUGUAAAGGAAUAGACAAAUGUAGUAAUAAUAAAGCCCACCAACAAGAUGAUAUUUAUAACAUCAGUGGCAGAGUUCAAAACCAGGAGCAAUGGCCCACACACGAUGCUCAUUUAUCAAUAGACCACAUAAGUGUCUUGAACCAAAUGAACAAACCGGUAUAUGAUGAUGCACCUCCCUCUUAUGAGGAAGUUAUGAAAACAUCAAUUCAAGUUGUUGGAGAGACCUCCACACCACCAUACUCACCACCUCAACCACCAAGCCAGGUUGUAAUAGUUGUGCCGCCAACAACAAGGUCGCAGUGAUAUAAACAGCUUCCAUUUUUGUACAUAUACGAAAAAAAUGCUCAAUAGUCAUUGGAGUAGCUAGUAAACUCAUAAAAUUAAUUAAUUUAUUGUAACAUUGGGAAGAUAGGGAAUUUAGUUGUCUCGAGUCAAUUAUUAUUUUCUUGAGUCUCCGUAGUGUUAAAUAUUUCGAUAAAGAUCUAAAUAAAAACCAAACCAAAAUUUAAGUUUAUAAACUCAUUAGUGACUUAGAACUUUUAUGAUUACUUUAUGUUUAAGGUGAAACAGUAGCGAUCAACAGGUAGCGAAAACGCGUUCCAAGAUUGCGGCUGUAAUUUUGAAUAUUUUUUCGAGAUAUUUGACACCGGUAUUCGUAAUAUAAUAAAGAAUGGCGGUACAGAGCCCAAAUUGAAAAAUAUAUUAAUAUGUGGAAAUUGCUCUGUAAUUAAAUACAAUAUUAAAAAAACGAGCCUCUACCGCCAUUAAGAAGAACAAAAAAAUACACUUUCUUCAAAUAAACUUUUUUAUCCGAUGCCUAGAUUUUGUGUCAUUUUGGAACUACCAAUGAAAUAAAAAGUUUUAGUAGUUCCAAAAUGACACAAAAUCUAGUCAUCGGAUAAAAAAGUUUAUUUGAAGAAAGUUUAUUUUUUUGUUCUUCUUAAUGGCGGUACAGGCUCGUUUUUUUAAUAUUGUAUUUAAUUACAGAGUAAUUUCCACAUAUUAAUAUAUUUUUCAAAUUGGGCUCUGUACCGCCAUUCUUUAUUAUAUUACGAAUACGUGUGCCAAAUAUCUCGAAAAAAUAUUCAAAAUUACAGCCUCAAUCUUGGAACGCGUUUUUGCUACCUGUUGAUCGCUACUGUUUCCUCUUAAGGGCGCAUGCGCAAAAUUUCGUCUCCAAUGCUUUUUGAAUGCAUUAAUUUUUUCGAAUCCUGAAAAAACUAAUAAAUAUUUUUGAAAAAUUUACACGCAGAAUAAAAGAUAUGUAACAAUAUGAGAUAUCUGCAAUUAUUACUGAGCGCCGAAAGUCCCUUUAGAAUAAACAAUAAGUUUCUUUUGAAUCAGAUGUUUAAAAUUAAAAAUCACACUAAAUUUUCUCUUAUUUUUUCACUCCUGUAACUUAUUAAAAUAAACAUCAUAGAAGCUUUCAGGAAAUUUCGGUAAUAACGUAGUAUUUCGUUCUGUGUUUAAAUCUUUUUAAAAUACUUAUUAGUUUUCUCAAGAUUCGAAAAAUUGAAUGCAUUUAAUAAGAAUGGUAGCCGAAAUUUUUCUCCUACCCCCUUAAUUGUUUCCAUAAAAUACUGGUACAAUAUGCUUUUGCACGGUAUCAGACUCCAUAUUAUACUUAUGGUCACAAAAAUCGUUUUAGACACACCUGUAUGAAGCAUUAUAUUUAAUAAUAAUAUGUAAAUAAAAUAUAGUAUUGAAUUCUAUCUAAAAGCUUUAAUACAUACUAAUAUGUACCUAUCUUCCAAUGAAAUGUACUUUGAAAAGAAGUAAUAACUGUGAUUUUCAAAUUUAGUUUGUAAGGAAAUUUAAUAUUUAAUAAAUUUUGAAAGUUUUAUAAUGCAUUCAGAUGCACCAUAGUUUCGUUCUUCUUUUACUAAAGUUUGAUUAGUUCAUCACCAGUAUUUAAAAGAGAAUACCCUUUGUAAAUAUACUUAUAUUAAACAUAUUAGACUUUGUUAUAAUCAAAUACAAAAAUUAUGUAACAAUAUGAGAUAUCUGCAAUAAAAAUAAACAUCCUUUCUUGGAAA